AGGGCGUCGUUUGGCAUUCCGUCAGUUCGGCGCGCGGCCGCGAUGUGACCGCAGUUGCCCUUGCUUGUGUUGUGUGAGCUGCUGCCCUGACUCGUGUAACUCGUGUGAAAUGAAAUUCAGUACAGAAAAUACCUCCACCCUCAACAUAUUCACGGAAGGGGAGUUCUCCGAAAACAAGAUCAAACUACCGGAGAAAGAGACGGAGCCCACCAAAGCAAGGAACCAAAGGGGAGAUGCGGCGUGCUGCGCGGAGACGCGUCGCGAACUGUCGCUGGCGCGGCUGGCGCUGAGCACGCAAGAGUCCCGCUGGCGCCAGCUGCUCAGCGCCGAGGCGAGGCUGCGUCGGAGACAGCUCAACUCCGUGCUCACCGCCCUGCUGGGGCUGGAGCGGCGGCUGCGCUCAGAGCAGGCCAGCAUCCGCGCGCAGCUCGCCGCCAGGGACAACCUCAUCCGACAACAGGCGCUAGAGAUUGCAAGGCUACGUAGAGCAGCGAGAAGAACAAAGACGUUAUCUUUACCCAUCGAAAAUUCCAACUCGCCUGGCUCCGCCUUAGCCACUGAAGAAUCUCCGAAAUGGAAUGGACACCACGAUUCACUGGAGUCCCUUUCUUCAAAAACGUCGGAAAGUGACACUGCUGUUGCCCUUAAACCGGCUGAGCCUACUAACAGUAUUCUGAAAGAAGAACGCGACGAGAGUUGCCAGACGGAGGAGCACGAUCACAGCUAUCUCGGGCGGCACGAGGAUUUUGCGGACAGAGAUCUGUACAAAGUGUACAAUCACAAUCCUGUCCUGGAAUGUGUCAAUCAAAUACUACUUCGUGACCAGGACGAAGGAGACGCUCACGAAUACAAAUUCUCUAACAGGGAUAAGCUGAAUGAAAAGGAAAGGAGGGUGAAAUUCACGUAUACGUGCUCCAGCAUCGAAGAAGAACAAGAAGACCAGGAAGAACACGAUGGCGUUAUGGAAAACGCGAAUGAAAAGUCUCAGGCACCUGUAGGAGCUGCAACGCUGGAAAAUCUGACAGAGAAGAAAAAUGAGGAGGAAUUCGAUAUUGUGAAGGAGGUGGAGAAAGUAGCAGCAUUGCACAAGAAGGCUACCGAACUGAAGCUCGAACAGAUGAGGUGGGCAAUAAAGGAGAAGACACCGUCGCCCCCUACAAAAGCUCAGCAUCUGGAAGAAAAAGCCUGUUUAAUGAUGUCGAGUCAAGGUCUCACUUUGGUCAGGAAUGUGGAACUGGAAGAGGUGGACAAAAACGAAGCUCGCCAAAUUGAUGAGAAGUCCGUCGAAACGCUUAAAAAGGAAGUGGGUAAGUCUGUUCUGAAGGAAGAAAAUACAAAAGUAGCAAACGAUUGCCCGGCGGCAGACAGUGGACGGAAAGAGGUUGAGAAGCUAAGCUGUGUCGAUCAGAAAACGGGCUCGAGCAGUCUGAAGGACAGCAAGGCGACCUCGGCGCUGCCCAAGAGACCUAUUCCCCCGGCGCUGCCUCCGAAACCGCCACAGCUGGGCAGUCUCUUGCUGAUGCGGCGCCAGGGCAAGCUGGGGCCGGCGCGCGUCGGGAUGUCGCAGGGAUACGGCCAGGACUACUACGCGCCUCGCCAGCUGCAACUUCAGCGCCAGAUCCUGAGCAACGGCAGCCUGGCCGUGGCGCGCGCGCACGACGACGCAGCGGCAGCGGCAGCGGCUGGCGCGGCGCGGCCUGCGCGCCAGCUGGCGCCGGACGACGUCUCGGCCAUCAGAGUCGGCUGCUCCGUCUCCUCGCUCAUCACAGGCUCCGCCGGCGGCAGCAUCGUCACCGAGCUCACUCGCGGACAAGCCCAGGAGCAGGCGAUGGUGGGUGACGACUCGCUGCUGCGGAGCAACUUCGAGGAGUUCCGGCUGGAGGAGGUGGACGUCGACGUGGGCCGCGCAGACGGCGACGGCGCCGAGGAGGCCCGCGCGCCGCCGUCACCGUCGCCGGCGCAGCUGCAGCAGCAGCAGCGCGACUCGUACGAGAGCUUCCUGGAGGCGACCGGGCUCAGCCAGAAGGCCAUCCUCACUCCCAGCCGGCUGCUCUCCAACCACCGCAGCGUGCUCAAGCCCAAGGACGUGAAGCACCGCAGCCGCGUGCUGCGCGGCGACCGCAACUCGGCGCCGCUCGUGCGCUACUGGGUCGAGCCCUUCCUCUGAACUCCCGCCUGGCCUCCGCGGACAAGUGCUUUCAGCUGAGUCAACGGUGUUCCCGAGUUCUGUGCUGUUUCAGCUAGACCAAAACUGCUACCGGUAGCUCCAUCUGCAGAUAGGUAGGCACUGCCACUGAUUCUGUAGCACCAUUCUGUAUCACUCUCCACCCUCCUUCAGCUAAACGAAGGGAAGCUUACAACUUGCACGUUCUUUAAUGGAAAUGCUGGUGCAUUAGGUCACAGAAUGAAUCAAAACAGUCAUAAGCUGAAGUUUCAGUGACUACUUUUUCCGCCCUCCUCCCUACCGUUUCUGAACAUUUUACUACUCAAAGAAAUGUUUACGUACUGAUGAGCAAGUAUGUCUGUGAAUACACUACAAGCCGGUCGUUCCACAUCCUAAACAAUGUUGCGAAUUUUCUUGAGGUGUUGCUGCUAUGAAGCUUACGGACAGUAGAGGUUAUUAAGACUGACUACAGACAUCCCCUCACAUCAUUCUGAAGCGUGUCCUUGCUACUGUCGCUGCUUUUUCACAAACAUUCUCAUCGUAAUAUAUUAGCACUUGCCCCUGUUGGUUACAUAACAUGACUACAGACAUCCCCUCACAUCAUUCUGAAGCGUGUCCUUGCUACUGUCGCUGCUUUUUCACAAACAUUCUCAUCGUAAUAUAUUAGCACUUGCCCCUGUUGGUUACAUAACAAUAUUUCAAUAUCUUAUAUCUGUUACGCAGUUAAUGCACGUUUUGUAAUAAAAUUAAAAUGACUCUGAACCCUCUUCAGUUUUCUGGCAAAAAGAGUUUGAGACAUUAGCUACUAUAAUAGCAAACAUUAUUUAUGACAAAUGUGGUUGUAGCAAGUGCUCUGCCUUGGUUAUGGUCGCUUGUCCCUCUUAGGGAGCUCAGACUUUUCACUUGCCAUUGCUGAAGUUAACGAGGUUCACUUUACAGUAAUCUUCUCUCGUAUGCUUUGCAAAAACGUCACUGUUCCUUUGUGUAGAUACCUGAUUAAUGGUAUUUAAUACCAAACAGAAUUGGUGAGAAGCACAUUUGCAAAUAUAUCGUAGAAAAGUGUUUUUUCAAAAGAAGGUACUUUUUGACUUUGAUUUGAUAUUUGAAACGAAAUUCCAGACAGGCUGGUUGCUGUCAUUUAUCGCCACCUGAAAAAAAAAAAAAACCUGGCUCCUAUGUUGACUAUUAUAGCAUCCAGAUACACACAUUGUUUAUCUUCUAUUAUUAGACCAGCUACUAUGUUUUAAAUCGGCUGGAAUGCAACAGUUUCUAAAACAUCUCAUGCAUUGGACGACUCAGCUUGGCUGCAGAUUUGAGUAACUAUCUUAAGAAACUAAUCUAAUCGUCACCAUACUGUCUGUCUAGUCAAGUAACGGUAAAAUCUGUGGGGCUAAACCCGUGAACGUGUUCCUGGUCUCACUGCACCGUUUCGUUCGCUGCGGAACUAUAAGGUGGAGGGUGACGAGCCCGUCGCCCCGGACGCGUUUUACCCACCCGAGAAAGCUUCCCCGUAAUCAAUUUGGUAACAGUCUGAGUGGAUCUGGGACCACCCUGGAGAGACUGGAAACUCCCCGCUUCUACCCGGGAUAGAAGCUGGGACCUCCAGGACUGCACUGCAACACUCUACCCGCUAGACCAAUACGGUCACUCGUACUCGAAUACAAGUAUAUUUCCUGAUUUUCAAGCUGAGGAAAGUGAUACAAUAGGUGCUGAAAGUUUUGAAAGCAUAAUUACGGGCAAGAUAAUUUACUACUGCUAUGUAACGAACCACUACCGUGUGCUAUUUAAUGAAUGUGAACAAACUAUAUAGUGUGCGUGAAAAACACGCUUAUUGACAUCAUUCUAAACUUAAAUCUAAACAUUUCUGUUGACUCUAGCAUCAGUAAAACUACUCUUGGGACAGAAAGUUCUGUCUGGUAAAUCUCUUGAUCACCCGUAGGUGAUAAUCUUAGAAAUGAUGUGCAACGAAAAUUACUAUUUUGCCUGCUCUAUAAGUAGAGUUUUAGAUAAUGCACGUUCUUCGGAAUUUAUUAAUGCUACAUUGUAUGAACAUGUAACUAAUAAUUAGUCAGUCAAUAUCGUUUUGUAAAUAUGUAUGAUAAUCAGUUCGUUGAUACCUUGUAUGUAAGAGAAUUAUUUUUGUGUGUUCUGUUAAAAAGAAUUUAGUGUGAAAACUGUUAUCCAAAGAGAAUAUCUACCUGAAUCACUGUUACACAAAGAAGUGAGUUAGUGGUCGCACCUUCAGAGGCAAUAUGCCAUCACAGUUGUUUUUUCACGACAGAUAGUAAUUGACCUGUCACAUUGAUGAAAAUAUAUAAAUAAAGACUACGUCCAAAAUA